AUGAUUUAUUUGAUCGGUUCAAUGAAUAAUCAAAUUCUCGGUAGCAAACUGCCACAAACACUAAGAGAUUUGAUCAAUGAAUGUACUAUAUUUUGGAAAAAAGCCCGAAUUCCAACUAAAGAUCGAGCAGAUUGUAUGAAAAAAUUAAAAAAAUCAUAUGAAGUUUGGAGAAGUCUUGAAAAACGUAAAAAACGAGAAAGUGAAACAUUCAAGUUCCAAGUAAAAGAGUUUGAACAAUCUUUAGACAAUUUAUUUGAUAUUGCACACGCAAAUGCAUUUGAUAUUAUGAAAAUCGACAUCGACAAAGAAUUUUUACGUUCUCAAAGAAAGCCAGGUCGUCCAGGUUGUUUGCUUGGAGUUGACAUGAAGUUAUCACAAAAAGAAAAAAGAAAAAAAAUUAGGAUAAAUCAAGAGAAAACAAAACGAAAAAAAUAUGAAAAUGAACUUUCAAACAUAGAAAUGGUUGAAACUCUUGAAUUUACCACUUCAGAAGAAGAGGAGGAGAAGAAAGAGGAUGGAGGUAGUAUGGUCUUAGAGGAAGACCAUAGACCAUGUACAUCUGGAAUUCAAAGAGCAACCAAAGAAAUUAUGACACCAAGGCUUUCUGCCGCUUUAGACAAAUGUAAGGUCAGUGAUAGAGACGCUGUACAUUUACUAACAGCAUGCGUAGAAAGUGUUUCUUUAAAUCCAUCUGAUUAUAUUAUCAAUCGAACAUCUAUAAAAAAAUGCCGUGAAAUUUUUCGUAAAAAAGUUGCCGAAAAAGUUCAUUCCGAUUUUUGUACUUUAAAUAUUGAUUUCGUUAUCGUACAUUGGGAUACAAAAUUACUUCCCAAUUUGUCUGGCCAAGAAAAAGUUGACCGUCUUCCAGUAAUUGCUUCAUCUCCUAAUGUAGAACAACUUCUUGGAGUUCCACAAAUUCCAUCAGGUACGGGUAGUGAAAUAUCAUCAGCUGUUUAUGAUUCAUUGGAAAAGUGGUUAUUACUUGAUAAGGUUCAAGAUUUUGUGUUUGAUACUACUGCUUCAAAUACUGGUAGACUAAAUGGGGCUUCUACACUUUUAGAGCAGCGAUUAAGUAGAGACAUUCUAUUUUUAGCAUGUAGGCAUCACGUUUCAGAGUUGAUUAUGCAAGCUGCUUUUAACGAAGCGAAAUUGCACAUAAUUUCGCCAAAACGUGAAGAAGUUUUAUCAUUUUGCUUUCAAAAAAUUACUGAAGACCACCCUAGGGAUGAUUACAAAGAAUUUAUUGAACUAGUCAUAAUUGUUUUUGGAGAUAUUCCACCUGGUGGAUUAAAAAUUCGCCAACCCGGUGCAUAUCAUCAGGCAAGUUACGAAUGUGAUAGAAGCUCCAUUAAAUGA